AUCCAAAUCCAAUUAGCCCCCAAAUUUUUUCAUAUUUUUUUUCACUCACACUGACUGAAUGGAUUUCACUUCAACUCUCUCAACUUACUCUCCUCAUCCAAAACCUACCACAAAUUUCACUUCCGGCGCCUGUGUCUUCCUUCGUCGCCGGCUCUUCUUUUCCACCUCGUUGUACUAUCAGCAACGACGUCGUUUUCAAUUUCGAACAUUUUCGAUUAAAAAUGCUUCUUCAUCUUCAGCAGGAAGAAGAAGAACAAGUAAGAAAGCCUAUACGGAGUCACAAUCGGAACCUCCAGCUGUUGCUUUUCCGGUGAAGGAAGUUGCUUCUGUCAUAUUGCCUGUUGGCUCGUUCGUUGUCGUCACUUUUGUUAUGUGGAAAUUGGUGGAGAAACUGAUGAUGCCCAAGCAGUCAAAAGCUCCAACAGCAUCAGAUAAAAAACCGAGUGAAGGAGUGAAAUGGUCCUUUGCUGCUGGCACAAACUUGUUACCUAAUUUUGGUUCAAAGAUCGAAAGGGAAUCCAAACUUAAACUUAAUGAUUUUGCUAAAGAACUUAGGGCCUUUGAUAUUGUUGACAUGUCAGGUCGCAACUUUGGAGACGAAGGACUGUUUUACCUUGCAGAGAGCUUAGCUUAUAACCAGGUUGCUGAAGAUGUAAAUUUUGCUGCAAAUGGUAUAACUGCAGAAGGCAUUAAAGCUCUCGAUGGUAUUCUGCAAUCGAACAUUUUUCUAAAGACUCUUAACCUAUCAGGAAACACUCUAGGGGAUGAAGGCGCUAAGGUUUUAUGUGAUAUACUGGCUGAAAAUAGUGGUAUUCAGAAACUCCAGCUAAAUAGUACCGGGCUAGGGGAUGAGGGAGCACGGGCUAUUGGUGAGAUGCUAAAGAAGAACUCAACAUUGCGUACACUUGAACUAAACAACAAUUUGAUUGACUAUUCUGGAUUUUCAGGUCUUGCUGAGGCACUUCUUGAAAAUAAAUCAUUACAAAGCUUGUAUCUAAAUGGAAAUUAUGGCGGUCCUUUAGGGGCAUCUGCACUUGCCAAAGGGCUGGAGGGUAACAAAGCUUUGAGGGAACUUUUCUUACACGGGAAUUCGAUAGGAGAUGAAGGAGUUCGUGCACUAAUAGCUGGAUUGUCGUUACAUAAAGGGAAACUCUCAGCUCUGGAUGUUGGCAACAAUAUGAUAACUUCAAAAGGCGCUUUUCAUGUUGCGGAAUAUAUCAGAAGAAGUAAAUCUUUGUUGUGGCUUAACGUUUAUAUGAAUGACAUCAAAGAUGAGGGAGCUGAGAAAAUAGCUGAGGCUCUGAAGGAAAACCGUUCAAUAACAAAUAUAGAUUUGGGUGGAAAUGACAUCCAUGCCAAAGGGAUCACUGCAAUAGCAGAAGUUCUAAAAGAUAAUACUGUGAUAACAGCUCUUGAACUUGGUUAUAACCCCAUGGGACCAGAAGGCGCAAAAGCUUUGUCAGAGGUUCUCAAGUUUCAUGGAAAUAUAAAAACUCUCAUGCUUGGUUGGUGUAAGAUAGGAGCAAAAGGUGCAGAGUUUAUAGCUGAUACAUUAAAAUACAACAAUACAAUCUCCACUUUAGACUUACGAGCCAAUGGGCUCAGUGAUGAGGGUGCUAAGUCCCUGGCUCGCAGCCUGAAGGUGGUCAAUGAAGCUCUCGUGUCACUUGAUUUAGGAUUUAAUGAAAUUAGAGAUGAAGGAGCUUUUUCAAUUUCCCAAGCACUAAAGGCUAACGAAGAUGUGAGACUAACGUCUUUAAAUCUUGCUAGCAACUUUCUUACAAAGCUAGGACAGAGUGCUCUGACUGAUGCAAGAGACCAUGUGUACGAGAUGAAUGAAAAAGAACUAAGUAUUGGUUUCUAAAUAUCUAAGCUUAAAAGAAAGUGAACUCUGAGAAGUUCAUUUAGUCAAGUCAUCAGGUAUUCGAUUACUUUCUUAUUUUGUGUUUAUUAAUAUGGCUUGACAAGCUUCCCUCAUCUGAAGGGAUUUCGAAAUUUUGUUAGAGAUCGCAACUAGAAUUGUUAUCGAGUAACUUUUUUAUUUUACACUUAUUGAUCUAAGAUCAUGAAUCUUGGUAUAGAAUAUUAUUGCCAUUCUAUCCAUGUGAUGCCAAGAAGUGUUGUACUAA